GCCUGUAGGUUCCAUCCCCUUCCUAAACAUCAAAGUCAAAUCCUUGUUGGAAUAAUGGAUUUAAAAAUCGAAAUUUUUAAAAAAUGGAAUGAAUUAUACUUUUUCCUGUGUGAUAGGUGACAAUGUUAGGCAUUGCUCAGGACUGCACUUGACCUUUCUACCCAGCAUUUAAAAUUACUCUGGUUUAUAGCACAUUUGUCAGGUAGGCCUUUUAAACCUUCAGCCUGCUCUGGGCAGGACUGAAUGUAAUGGGAAGGAGCAGAGCCUGUCUGUUGGGCAAUGAGCUGGAAUUGCUUCUGUUCCUGAGGGAUAGUAAAGGACAAUUCGCUACUUUGUACAAUUAAAUUUCUCUGCAGGGACGUUUCCUUGACAUUUUCACCCCUUUCCUAAUGACUUGAAAAGUUCCCAAGCCACAAUCAAGACUGAGCACACUAGCUUUUUCAAGCACACAAGUUGCCUUCUCUUCUGUUAAUAGUCCAAGUAGGGGCAUUUUGAGCAAGAACUUAAUUAUCAGAUAGCAUGGUGGUGGAGGAAGAGCUGUGGACUAUUACUCAGGAGACCUAGUUUUAUUCGUAUGGCCAGGCAGACAACUAGUCCUUUCUGGGCCUCUCAUCAGGUAUAAAGAGGGAGGUUUGGAACUGACAGCUGAGGGAGGUCCUUUUCAACUCCAAAAUUCCAUUUAUACAUCCAGUUAAUGUUUAUUUUCCUGUGUCUAUAAGAACAGAGGUGUUUCUAUGUACUUAUUUAGUAGAAUAUAUUUCCUGGGAUUAGAAGUAGAAUAUAUUCAGAUACACCCUUUCCAUGGGCCCUUAGUGGGUCCUAAUAUGUGCCUGGCAUGAGGCCAGGUCUCAGGCAUAUGCAGAUGAAGUCGUGAGGAUUCCGGGAGUUAAGAUUCCGGCCUGCGCCAGCACAGUAGUAGCAGGGAUAACAUCCUUCUGGAAAGUCACCGAACCUAGAAUCAAGAAGCUCACGUUCCACACCCUCUAGGACCGUGGAUGCCCCACUAUAAGGCUUUAACUUUGUGAUCCAGCCUUUUGUUUUAUGGGGUAAAAGCCUAAGUGCACAAGGCUGCAAAGAAUCUGUUUUUUUUUUUAAGAUUUUAUUUAUUUAUUUGACAGAGACAGAGACAGCGAGAGCAGGAACACAAGCAGGGAGAGUGGGAGAGGGAGAAGCAGGCUCCCCACGGAGCAGGGAGCCCGAUGUGGGACUCGAUCCCAGGACCCUGGGAUCAUGACCUGAGCCGAAGGCAGUCGCUUCACCGACUGAGCCACCCAGGCGCCCGAAUCUGUUCUUUUGAUGGUAUCAGCAAGCACGUGAAGGCCCCACUGAGUGUCAGGCGCUGGGACUAUGAUGGUGAACAAAAAUCCUCAGGUGUUAACCUUCCUGGAGGUUCCAGACUGAUGUUUAACUCCACUCCCAGGCAACACUUGGGGACGAGGGGCACGAAGGGUUUCCAUUACAUUUUACCAACACAGACUAAAAGUUUGAAUUUGAGAAGUAGUUAAAAUAGGAGUACAUGGUACAGAUUUUUGUGCAGGUUUUCCUUAGCUUUCCUGCAUGUAAACACUGACAUUUUACAUUUUCUGGAAGAAUCUGGUGUGGGGAAGUCAAGCCCCAGUUGCUGAGAGCACCAAAUUCCUCUAGUCUUGUCUAAUCCUGCCUUGGGAUGAGCUGAAAUGCUGGCACCUGACCAGAUGAGUCUGUUUUGAGAUAAACUAAGCCAGGGUGGCACAGUGAAGGUCUGUCAUCUGGUGACGCAUUGGAGCUGCCUGGGUGGCGAGUGGUCUUUUCCAAGUUACCCUCCUUUCUGAUGAAGCAAAAUGAGAUGGGAACUGUCCCCAAAAGGCCGAGGUCUCAGGACUGCAUCCCUUAGAUAAUGUGCCACUGCCCUAAAUAAUGAAAACAGGCUAAGGACACACAUGGUGUCUCUUACAUGUCCUGUUCUUAGUGGCUGAAUGAAUGGGAGGCCUUCCUAGGUUAAGGGACGGCUGGAAUCUAGGUGAGCCAUAGGACGCCUCGCCUCCCCAAACUGCUGUGUUCCCACAGCAGUGCCUUGACCCAGCCCCGUAGCCCCUUUAGGAGCGAUAACUGAUAGUAACAAUUUGUGGUGCCUUGGGGUAUGGCCAAGCCUUCCCCAGACCCCGCUCGGAUGGGCUCCCCUUGCGAGUUGGGGGGUGGCUUCGCGUAUGGGCAGGUCCCGGCCGGCUAGACGGCGCCAGUUCUUCCGCAGAACCCUUGGGGGCGCGCGGGGUCCCGCGCUACCGGGCAGCGAACGGGCAGUCCCUCCCGUUCCAAACGUCCGCUGGCCGCGACCCGGCGCGAGGGGAGGGCGGCCCAGGGCUGUAGCUCGGAGACUGGGCGGCGGAGGGUAGGCGGGUGUCCCCAGGAGCAGAGGGUGGGAAGCCCGGCGGCCGGCAGACAGUGACUGGUGCCCCGGAGAGCGCCUAGGGGCGCGGGGGGCAGUGAGGGGGACAUGGCUGCCCGGCCGGCCGAGGGCGCGGACCGCUGCUGAGAGGGCGCACGAUGCCGCCCGCCACGGCGGCCGCCACUACGGUCUCCCUCCGGGAGCUGGCCGACCUGGCCAUCGGCACCCCGGAGGUGGGCGCCGUCAACUUCACGGCCCUGCACACGCUCAUCGUGGCCAUGCUCCGGAGCCUCAACCUGCAGGAGGUGCGCAUCGACUUCCAGUCGCCGUCGCCGGAGCCGGAGCCGGAGCCGAGCCGCGCCGUGGAGCGCCCGCAGGCCGUGCUCAGCGCCCCGCAGCUGGCUGUGUCCAAAGAGAAGCCGCGCGGCAGCUUGGCCAAGCCAGCGACGGUGGCGGCGGCGCUGGAGAGCCAGGUGAAGGGCCUGGGCGGGCAGGUCCAGGACCUCAGCAGGCAGCUCAAGACCGUCACCAGCCAGGUGCAGGGCAUCGUGAGCCACGUGCAGCACCUCACGGCUCCCGUCGGCGAGCAGGACGCCCGGGACUGGCUGGAGGAGGAGGCGGCCGAGCGGACGCCGGCACGGGCACGAGCAGGGUCGUUGAAAAUCGCAAAGGGCGAGCGGGCCACGGUCUCCCAGGUCUCCCAGGCCAUGGAGCUGCUGCACGAUGUAGUGGAGGACGUGAAAACCCUCAAAGAAGCCCAGGAAAAGGCGCAGGAGCUCCCGGAGUCGAGCCUUGUGAAAGCCCUCCAACGGAUUGAUGUACUAGAGAAGAUAGUCAGAGAACGGGAUGAAUUCCUGGACCUAGUGAGCCGGAAGAUGAGUUUGAUGCCUGCUGGAGAAGAAGUCACCAUGGUCACCUGGGAGGAGCUGGAGCAAGCGAUUACGGAUGGCUGGAAGGCCUCACAAGGGAGCUCAGAGACAACAACAGGACUCCCUAAACGCAAAGGGCGCACUUCCGUAACAUCAAAUGAUAUACUUCACGGUGGAGUCCCCAUCAAGCGCUCAAGUGCUGACCCAGCUCUGGAUUUUCCCAGUGGUUAUGGCUCAGAUCAGACCUUAUCAGGAGUCAGUGGCAUAGGAAAGCCCUCUGAAGGGGUUACCAGGGAACGAAGCAGAGGUGUCUCUGCUACUACAGUCCCGGGUAGAGAACAGCACCCAAGGGCCCGUGAUGAAGGUGGCCUGGCAAAGUCCCAUCACCCGCCUAUGUCCCAGUUCAGAGUAGAAUCAGAUCGUCACAGGACAAGAGAACUGCCGCCGCAUAGCUUAGCCCAUCUAAGAAAAGAUGAACAAGAGGCACACCCUGGUCCAGUUCAACAGGACUUACCUGCAGCCACUGUGGCCAGAGAUCAACAUCAUCAAGUAUCCCCAGAUCAGCAUAGGGGGGUGUAUCCAAGCCAGGGUCAAAUCUAUCCCAGGCUAGUUCAGCAUGGAUUAAGACCACUUGGCACGGAUCCGCUUGCAUGGCACCGUCCUAGCACCUGCCCACACGGUGUGGUACCCCUCAGCAUGGGUCAGUUUGGUAUGAUGCCACCUGGAAUGGAGGAGCAGGGCUUGGUACCACCUGGCAUGGGUCAGUAUGGCAUGGUGCCACCAUUGGUACCUGGCACAAAACAGCAAGGAGUGGAACUACCUAGUACAGCUCAGCCUGGUAUGGUUCCACGUAGCACAUAUCAGUAUGGCAUGGUACCUCCUGGCACAGACCAACAGCCUGGUGUCGAUCAGCACGGAUUGGUACCCUUUAGUAUAGAUCAGCAUGGAUUUUUAAUAUCUGGCAUGGAUCAACAAGGAUUAGUACUGCCUGGCAUGGAUCAACAUGGAUUGGUUCCACAUCUUACAGAUCAACAUGGUUUGGUAUCCCCUGGUUUGAUGCAAGUUGCUGCAGAUCAGCAAGGUUUUAUACAGCCCAGCCUGGAAACAUCUGGGUUCAUUCAACCUAGUACAGAGGAGCAUGAUAUAAUCCAGCCUGGGGCAGAUCAACACAGUUUGGUACCAACUGGUACAGAUCAGGCUGCUUUGGCCCAACCUGGUGCAGGUCAGCGUGGUUUAGUGCAGCCUGGUGCAGGUCAGCGUGGUUUGGUCCAGCCUGGUGCAGGUCAGCGUGGUUUGGUUCAGCCUGGUGCAGAUCGGCAUGGUUUGGUGCAGCCUGUUGUAGAUCAAAGUGGUUUGAUCCAGCCUGGUGCUUACCUACCUGAUUGGGUACAACCUGGUGCAUAUCCCAGUGGUUGGGGACAACCUGUUGCAUAUCCAUCUGAUUUGGUACAGACUAAUGUAUAUCCAUCUGUUUUGGUACAGCCUAGUGCAGGUCAGCCUGGUUUGAUACAAUCUGGAAUGGGUCAGCAAGAUUCAGCCCAACUUAGAAUGGAUCAGUAUGCUUUGGUGCAUCCUGAAAUGGAUCAACAUGGUUUGGUCCAAGUUGGAAUGGAUCAGCAUGGUUUAUUCCAACCUGGCACAGGUCAACCUGGUUUAGUGCAGCCUGGUGCAGGUCAGCGUGGUUUGGUCCAACCUGUUACAGGUCCACGUGAUUUGGCCGAACCUGGAGUAGCUCAGCAUGAUCAGGUCCAACUUGGAAUGGAUCAGCAUGGUUUGGUGCAACCUGGUGCAGGUCAGCCUGGUUUGGUCCAACUUGAUGCAGGUCAGCCUGGCUUGGCGCAGCCUGGAAUGGAUCAACGUGGUUUGGUCCAGCCUGGUGCAGGUCAGCCUGGCUUGGUCCAACCUGGAAUGGAUCAGCGUGGUUUGGUGCAACCUGGUGCAGGUCAGCCUGGCUUGGUCCAACCUGGAAUGGAUCAGCGUGGUUUGGUCCAGCCUGGUGCAGGUCAGCCUGGCUUGGUCCAACCUGGAAUGGAUCAACGUGGUUUGGUCCAGCCUGGUGCAGGUCAGCCUGGCUUGGUCCAACCUGGAAUGGAUCAGCGUGGUUUGGUACAGCCUGGAAUGGAUCAGCGUGGUUUGGUGCAACCUGGUGCAGGUCAGCUUGGUUUGGUCCAACCUGGAAUGGAUCAGCGUGGUUUGGCACAGCCUGGAAUGGAUCAGCGUGGUUUGGUGAAACCUGGUGUAGGUCAGCCUGGCUUGGUCCAACCUGGAAUGGAUCAGCGUGGUUUGGUGCAACCUGGUGCAGGUCAGCCUGGCUUGGUCCAACCUGGAAUGGAUCAACGUGGUUUGGUCCAGCCUGGUGCAGGUCAGCCUGGCUUUGUCCAACCUGCAAUGGAUCAGCGUGGUUUGGUCCAGCCUGGUGCAGGUCAGCCUGGCUUGGUCCAACCUGGAAUGGAUCAACGUGGUUUGGUCCAGCCUGGUGCAGGUCAGCCUGGCGUGGUCCAACCUGGAAUGGAUCAGCGUGGUUUGGUGCAACCUGGUGCAGGUCAGCCUGGCUUGGUCCAACCUGGAAUGGAUCAGCGUGGUUUGGCACAGCCUGGAAUGGAUCAGCGUGGUUUGGUGAAACCUGGUGUAGGUCAGCCUGACUUGGUCCAACCUGGAAUGGAUCAGCGUGGUUUGGUCCAGCCUGGUGCAGGUCAGCCUGGCUUGGUCCAACCUGGAAUGGAUCAGCGUGGUUUGGUCCAGCCUGGUGCAGGUCAGCCUGGCUUGGUCCAACCUGGAAUGGAUCAGCGUGGUUUGGUGCAACCUGGUGCAGGUCAGCCUGGCUUGGUCCAACCUGGAAUGGAUCAGCGUGGUUUGGUACAGCCUGGAAUGGAUCAGCGUGGUUUGGUGCAACCUGGUGCAGGUCAGCUUGGUUUGGUCCAACCUGGAAUGGAUCAGCGUGGUUUGGUCCAACCUGGAAUGGAUCAGCGUGGUUUGGCACAGCCUGGAAUGGAUCAGCGUGGUUUGGUGAAAUCUGGUGUAGGUCAGCCUGGCUUGGUCCAAUCUGGAAUGGAUCAGCGUGGUUUGGUGCAACCUGGUGCAGGUCAGCCUGGCUUGGUCCAACCUGGAAUGGAUCAACGUGGUUUGGUCCAGCCUGGUGCAGGUCAGCCUGGUUUGGUCCAACCUGGAAUGGAUCAGCAUGAUUUGGUCCAGCCUGGUGCAGGUCAACCUGGCUUGGUCCAACCUGGAAUGGAUCAACGUGGUUUGGUCCAGCCUGGUGCAGGUCAGCCUGGUUUGGUCCAACCUGGAAUGGAUCAGCGUGGUUUGGCACAGCCUGGAAUGGAUCAGCGUGGUUUUGUACCACCUGGUGCAGGUCAGCCUGGCUUAGUCCAACCUGGAAUGGAUCUGAGUGGUUUGGUGCAACCUGGUGCAGGUCAGCCUGACUGGGUGCAGCCUGGAAUGGAUCAACAUGGUUUAGUCCAGCCUGGUGCAGGUCAGCCUGGUUUGGUCCAACCUGGAAUGGAUCAGCGUGGUUUGGUACAGCCUGGUGCAGGUCAGCCUGGUUUGGUCCAACCUGGAAUGGAUCAACGUGGUUUGGUCCAGCCUGGUGCAGGUCAGCCUGGUUUGGUCCAACCUGGAAUGGAUCAGCCUGGCUUGGCACAGCCUGGAAUGGAUCAACAUGGUUCGGGCCAACAUAGUGCAGCUCAACCUGGUUUGGUACAGCCUGGUGCAGGUCAGCCUGGUUUGGUCCAACCUGGAAUGGAUCAGCGUGGUUUGGGACAGCCUGGUGCAGGUCAGCCUGGUUUGGUCCAACCUGGAAUGGAUCAGCAUGGUUUGGUGCCGCCUGGUACUGGUCAGCCUGGCUUGGCACAGCCUGGAAUGGAUCAACAUGGUUCGGGCCAACGUGGUGCAGCUCAACCUGGUUUGGUCCAACCUGGUGCAGGUCAGCCUGGUUUGGUGCAGCCUGGAAUGGAUCAUCGUGGCUUGGGUCAACGUGUUGUAGCCCAGCCUGGUUUGGCCCAACCUGGUGCAGGUCAGCAUGGUUUGGCCCAACCGAGAAUGGACCAGCGUGGGUUGGUACAACCUGAUGCAGGUCAGCCUGGUUUGUUUCAGCCUGGCAUAGGUCAGUCUGCUUUUGUCCAACCUGGUGCAGAUCAGCGUGGUUUGGGGCAAGUAGAUCAGCGUGGUUUGAUACAAGCUGGCACAGAUCCACAUGGCUUUUUUCAACCUGGUGCAUAUCCUCCUGGUUUGGUACAGCCUGGUGCAUAUCCGCCUGCGUUAGUACAGCCUGGUGCCUAUCCACGUGGUUUGGUCCAACCUGGUGCCUAUCCACAAGGUUUGGUGCAAUCUAGUGCCUAUCCACGUGGUUCGGUUCCACCUGGUGCCUGUCCUCGAGGUUUGGUCCAGCCUGGUACAUAUCCAGAAGGUUUCCUGCAGCCUAGUACUGAUCAGCGUGGUUUGGUUCAACAUGGAAUAGAUCAGCAUGGCUUGAGGCAACCUGGUACAGAACGAGGCUUGAUACCACCAGGCACAGAGCUUCGUGGCCUUCCAACAUUCCACCCUGAGUUUCCAAAAUUUUUCUCACAUCCCUAUCAGCAUGGUGUAAUACCUCCUGGCAGCUAUCAACAUGAUCAGGUGUCACCACUCCUAGCCAAUCAAGGUUUGGCAUCACCAGGUAUUGGCCAAGAGGGUUUAUCAGAAACUUACCAGCAAGGUUUGUUACAUCGUGGCACAGACCAGCAUGGCCUAACACCAUUAAGCACCCGUGUGGGAUCUGUACAGCGAGAUCGACAGCAUUUGGUAUCACCUGGCCCAGAUCAGCAAGGCCAGGUACAAGCAGGUACAGACCAGCGUGACCGUGCAUACUCUAUCCCAGAAUCUCGUGACCUAUUGUAUCCCGGCCCUCACGGCCCAGGCAUUCUGGCGGUAGAUCCGUACGUCCAGAAAGGUUUGGAUCCAAAACAAAUAUAUGCCUCGGACCAACCUGGAAUUUCUGUCUGGACUACUCCAAGCCAAGCAGCCGCCUUUGCCAGGAGCAUGGACUCUCUUAACCAUCUCUACCGAGUCUCAUCAGAAAAGAGUGAUUUCCAGAGCGAAAGACAUGAUUCACUGGAUAAAUUGGCUCCGAGCUUCCCCAUGGCAGUGGAAACAUUUCGUCUGAUGGGCGAGCUCAUUGGCCUCUAUGUAGAGCUCAAGGAGAACAUGAAAGAGCUGGAUGAGGAGCAGGAGGGCCAGACCGACUUGGAGAAGAUCCAGCACCUGCUCGGGCUCAUGGUCAAAAAGAGUCUACCCGCUGACCUGCAGGAACAGCUGAAGACCUUGAAGUCCUUGACCAAAGAAGUUUGGCAGGAAAAAGCAAAAAUGGACAGGAUACAGAGAAUCCUGGAGGGCACCGGGGAGCAAGAAAUAGGAAAAGAAAUGAAGAAUGGCCAGCUGAGCUUGCAGCUGGGAAUCCUCAGAGUUACCGUGGCUGACAUUGAGAAGGAACUGGCCGAGCUGAGGGAGAGCCAAGAGCGGGGCAAGGUCAGCAUGGAACAUUCAGUCUCCGAAGCCUCCCUCUACCUGCAGGACCAGCUUGACAAGCUCAGGACGGUCAUCGAGAGCAUGCUGGCCUCGUCUUCCACGCUGCUGUCCAUGAGCAUGGCUCCUCACAAGACCCUGUCAACCCUGGAACCUGGCCAGAUUGACCCUGAGGCCACCUGCCCCGCCUGCAGCCUGGACCUGAGCCAUCAGGUCAGCAUUCUGGUGCAGCGCUACGAGCAGCUCCAGGACAUGGUCAACAAUCUGGCAGCCUCCCGGCCUUCCAAGAAAGCCAAGCUCCAGAGCCAGGAUGAAGAGCUGCUGGGCCGUGUCCAGAGCGCCAUCCUGCAGGUACAGGGCGACUGUGAGAAGCUCAAUAUCACCACCAGCAACCUCAUCGAAGACCAUCGGCAGAAGCAGAAGGCCAUUGACGUACUGUACCAGGGUCUAGAGAAGCUCGAGAAGGAAAAGGCCAACAGGGAACACCUGGAGAUGGAGAUGGACGUGAAAGCCGAUAAGAGCGCCCUGGCGGCCAAAGUGAGCCGUGCCCAGUUUGAUGCCACCACGGAGCAGCUGAACCACAUGAUGCAGGAGCUGGUGGCUAAGAUGAGCGGGCAGGAGCAGGACUGGCAGAAGAUGCUGGACAAGCUCCUGGUGGAGAUGGACAGCAAGCUGGACCGCCUGGAGCUGGACCCCGUGAAGCAGUUGCUGGAAGAUCGCUGGAAGUCCUUGCGGCAGCAGCUCAAAGAGCGCUCUCCACUCUACCAGGCAGACGAGGCGGCGGCCAUGCGGAGGCAGCUCUUGGCACAUUUCCACUGCCUCUCUUGUGACCGUCCCUUGGAGACAGCUGUGACUGGACAAUUUAUCCCUGUGACUCCUGUGGGCCCAGCCCUGCCUGGGCACCGUUCCCUCCGCCCCUACACUGUCUUUGAGCUGGAGCAGGUCCGGCGGCAGAGCCGCAACCUAAAGCUGGGCAGUACUGCCUUCCCUCGGGGCGAGUUGGCGCACAUAGAGCGGAGCGUGGGGCGCCUGCGCACCAUGCACUCCAAGAUGCUGAUGGACAUUGAGAAGGUGCAGAUCCACUUUGGAGGCUCGGUCAAGGCCAGCAGCCAGAUGAUCCGGGAGCUGCUGCAGGCACAGUGCCUGAGCUCCCCCUGCUACAAACGGGUGCCGGACACCGCCGACUACACGUACUCGAGCGUACCCCGGCGCUGUGGGGGCAGCCACACCCUCACCUACCCCUACCGCCGCACCCGCCUGCAGCACCUGUCCCAGGGCCUGUACCCCCCCGAGGAGGUCCAGAUCGCCAUGAAGCAUGAUGAGGUGGAUAUCUUGGGCCUGGAUGGACAUAUUUACAAGGGACGGAUGGAUACAAGGCUGCCAGGCAUCCUGACCAAAGACACCUCCAUCUCCGGGAUGACCAAGCACAAGGCCAAGCAGUCGCAGCCCCACGUGCACAGGCAGCAGUCCCUGAGCGACAACGGCCAGCUGCCCUCGCGGCCUCAGAGUGCUCGGAUGCUGGCGGGCAACAGUCCAGGUAGCUUCCCUUCGGCUGGAGCAGCCUUCCAGGUGGCCUCCCCACUGCCCCAGGGCCUCUCCUGCUUGCCCCGCCGGCCCCCUUUCCUGUCCCUGAUGGUCUGUGCCCUCAUUUCCCCGAGAGAGGAAGUGCGUAGGAGCCGAGAGAUGGGAUGGGAGGGAGAAGAGAGAAAGUCCAUCUUUACUGAGUUCCUGUUAUGUGCCAGGGCUGUACUGUCCGAUGUCCCAGAAGAGGGAACAGGGGCAGGGUUGCAGCCCAAGGCUCCGGCUCCAGACCCGAGUCCUGCCCCGGCUCACAGGGGCUCACUCUGCUGAAGCUGGUGCUCAGCUCUGGGCGGCAGCUGGUGGGCACCCCUCAGUCCGACCUUGUCUGGGGAGGAGCUUCUCCUCACCCCCAGGCCUGGAAGGCCCCCUGAGUCCCCAUUCUCCCCUGAGGGGCUAAAUUCUGCCUGAAAGUCUGGGUGCUAAGGGUCCCCCAGGGUCCAGCCACACUUGGGGACCAGAGAAGGACACAGGCCUGGAGCCACGAGGCCGGACCACCUUCAAGUGACUCUGAGCAAGUCUCCCCCCAUCUCCAGACCUGUUUCCUCAUCUGCCCAUAAAGGGGUGCUGGAUUGGUGCUACUCAGAGUCGGGGCGCCCGAGAAAGGUGAUCUAACGAAAGGGGCUGACCUUCCUCCUAUACAAAGUUACGUUCUCCCAACACUUUGCAGAUGCCUGCAGGAGGUUCAAGGGCCGCCCCCCCUUCCCCCACCCCUGUUAAAGGCCCAGCCCUAGAUGCCCUUUACCACCCAUUCCAGUUCCAGCGCUCAGUGAGUGCCUGGAGGAAGCGGAAACAGAAGUGAUAGCCCAGGUCGUGGCACCUCGCCUUUAGUUUAAUCCUCACACCAACAUUAAGAGGUAGGGACCACUGUGAGCAUCACUUACAGCUGAGAAAAUGGAGGCACAGAGAGGUUAAGGUACUUGCCCAAGGUCAGACAGCUAGGAAGCAGCGGGAGUGGGAUUCAGACCUAAGCUGUCUGCCUCCGGAACCUAUGCUGGUCACAACGUGUGGCAGGUGACUCAGUGGCGGACGGGCCGGGACAGACGACUCGGUGGCGGACAGAGUGCGGGGCUGUGACUGCGUUCUUGGGGGCACUUAGCUUCCUCCUUCUUGGCACUCCACUGUCUACUCCGAGAGCACCUAAAAUGUCAGGGGAGCAGGAGAGGGAGAGAGGGCAGGCUUAGGAACAAUUCCUGCAUCUGUUGGUGUGAACAGUGCCUCAACAGCCCCUGCAUUACUAGAGGAAACAUCACUUAAGAGGCAGGCUCUCUUGGCCACCAACGGAGGGCUUGAUUAUUUUUAACUCCCAGAGAUUAGCAAGGAGCUCUGCUCAGGAGCUCCCGUGCAGGCUUGCACUGCCCACCACAGCCCUGCGGGGCCCCCCUCCAGCAUUCUGCCCGCCCCCCAACCGGCCUGCCCUUCGUGCAAGCUGGGGAGGGCCUGGCAGGCUGCGCCGGGUGUGGGGAGUGGGACAGAGCCACCUCAGCCCCCAUGUCUCACAGCUCCUCCUCGUCCGCGGAAAGACAGACCCUUGUCCUCCGAGGGGCACCUGGCCCAGCCCAACGCAGCCCACCCGCCCAGCCCCAGCGAGAUGGAGAUGCAGAUGGACUUGCCUCCCGGGGAGGGGCUCGAAGAGCC